UAUUUGAGUAACUUCGUUAUCAGUCUGUUUCACGAUGGGGCGAUAUAGAAAACAGGUGCGCCCCUCGAGAAUCUAUCCUCGCUACUUCUUCCUCUUUCUCCGACCCAGAUUUCUGCCCCCGAGAAAAUCGAAAAUGCCUCUCAAGACGAUCGACGCGACCGUUUCGACCUUUGACAGUGUGUUUGACGAGUUCGGAUCGGAGGCACCCAAGAACAAGGUCAACCUCAUCCUCUUCUUGGCCGAUAAAGACCCAUCUACCAACCUCAGUUGGUGCCCUGAUUGUGUGAGGGCUGAGCCGGUUAUAUACAAGAAGCUCGAAACAUCCACAGAUGAUGUAGCACUUCUCCGAGCUUAUGUUGGAGACAGGCCAACAUGGAGAAAUCCACAGCACCCUUGGAGAUCAGACUCAAGGUUCAAGCUCACUGGAGUUCCAACACUGAUCCGUUGGGAGAACGGUGCAGUCAAAGCUCGUCUUGAAGACCAUGAAGCACACCUUGAAAGGAAAAUCGAUGCCCUCAUUUCGAGCUAAUAAGUUUUAGAGUGCAAUGUUUGCAGAAGUAACAUAACUUUAACAUAUGACUAUGAUACUUACAUCUCUGCGUGAUCAUUAUGCGCCAUCUCAAGGCUAGUAAAUAAAAUUGCAUUUCUAUGCUAGUAUCAUAGAAAAGUUAGAAUCUUUUUGUU